CCCGUCUGGUGCAAUGACAGCGUCCUAUAAUGCCCGUUCGGACUUGGGCACGCCAUUGAUGGUCCGGAAUCCGUCAAGGCGUGCUUUUGUUCGAGGACGAGUUCUGCAGCAGGCCGCGUACGUCGUAUGUACUACUGUGCGUUACAAACGGCGGUCGACACACCAGCGGCCCCUCGUCAGGUAAAAAGUCCAUCACGUCAGUCCAUGACCCCAUGUCGUACAGCAUUGAUCACCGUCCUUGUCCCGUGAAAUCCUAACAGCAAACACGUCGCUCCUCGAUAUAAUCUGUUAAAAAAAAGCCCCAUCGUCCAGGCUGUCAGACAGGCUCCUGGCUCGUAACGUACGUACUUGAAUCUCGUCUUGUCUUUGAUUAUGAGAUUCGCUCUCGCCGCCGUGUCGGGCGCGACCCUCGCCGGCGCCUUCGUCAUUCCGGGGCUCCCGGCCGACUUCAGUGGCCAUAACAGGCAGAGUCGCCUCUCCUCCGCUGGCGGCGGCCACGCUCACGAUGCCGCCGACGAGGCCAACAACCACCAUGAUGAUGCCCUCUGGCAGGGCAGGCUCCCAUCCCAGGACACCCUCGUCUCUACCCUUGGAGGGACCGCCGACCGCUUAGCCAGUGCGUUUGACAGCGCCGUCGACGCCGUCGAGGACGCCCGCCACGAGCUAUCGGACAAGCUCACCGAGGUCCUGUCGGGUCACCCCCACGACGAUGACAAGCAUAAGCACCGCCACCUGACCAUCUACGAGCUCAUCCAGCACAGCGAGUACACGACCAAGUUUGCCAAGAUUGUCGACGAGCACCCGAGCAUCGUGAAGCUGCUCAACAGCACAAAGGCCGGCAACUACACGCUCUUUGUGCCGACCGAUGAGGCCUUCAAGGAUGUGCCCGACCACGACGGCGACAAGCCCGACAAGGAGUUCGUCGAAAAGGUCUUGAGAUAUCACGUCGGGCUGGGCGAGUAUCCUGCCAAGCGCAUCCUCACGACGCACACCCUCCCGUCCGCCCUGGACGAGCCGUGGCUGGGCGACGAGCCACAGCGCCUGCGCACCAGCGUCGGCUUCCAAGGCGUCACCGUCAAUUUCUACAGCAAGGUCGUUGCCGCAAACAUUGAGGCCAAGAAUGGCAUCAUCCAUGCCGUCAACCACAUCCUGGUCCCGCCCCCGAUGGUCGGCCGAGUCAUCAGCCUCUUCCCGAGCCAUUUCUCUACCCUUCUUCUCGCCUACGAAAAGACAGACUUUGUCAAGUUCAUCCACGGCGUCAAGAUGACGGGCAGCACCGUCUUCGCGCCCAGCAACGACGCCUUCCAGCGCCUCGGCCCCCGCGCAAACGCGUUCCUCUUCAACACGGAAAAGGGGCUCAAGUAUCUCAAGGCGCUGCUCAAAUACCACAUUGCGCCCAAUGCGACGCUCUACAGCGAUGCCUUCUACGACAAGACGGACAAGCACGAAAAGGUAGACAAUGCCGGCGGCAGGGAGCAUUAUGACCUCGGCACGCUCCUCGGCGAGGCGCGCAUCAGCGUCGAUAUUGCGAGGCUCGGUGGCUUCUCGGCCAUCCGCGUCAAUGGCUUCGCCCACGUCUCGGUCAGGGAUGGGCUUGCCAAGAACGGCGUCAUCCAGGUCCUGGACAAGGUGCUCAUCCCGCAGCACAAGCACGAGGGGCAUGAUGAUGACGUCAGUGACAUUGCCAUCGAGGAUCUUGUCCAGAGACUUGAGCCGUACGUUUAGAGAUCGGGUGUCCCUUUACACGCGGGCAUUUGUAUAAUAAAAAGGCGGUUUUCACUGGGAGAUCCGGGAGGGUGGAUCGUCAUCUCAACUCUGUUGGUAGGUGCGAGCAAGAGGAUACAUGUAGUGGCACACGAACGCGCGCUUUGAUCAGUUAGCUUGAUUUACGACAUCUACAAAGGCGCCAGCCCUUUUAGCAUCUAAGCCCGGACUCCUAGGAGCCCUCGUUAUUCCUUUCGCUCGCUCUCACAAGGCUCCAGCUGCUGCUGUCCAGCACUUCCAUUCUCUACCGCCACAUCCCCGCAGCUGGCACCGAGAAUCGUCACCUGAGGCGCGUACGUCGCGCUGCCAUCGUGCCGCUUGUCCACCGGGACAAAGACGUCGAGCGCGCGAGGCAGACAGAAGCCAAACGCAAUGGUGAGCAUGACCGCGUGCGCCACGGUGAAGCCAAAGAUAUGGAGCGGGUCCAUCCGCUUGGUGUAGAAAGACGGGUACGCAAAGGAGACGACGAUGGCGAGAAUGGGGCACGAGACGUAGCGAACGAUUGGGCCCCAGAUGAACGGUAUGCUCCAGUUGUUGCCCUCAGCUACGAUGGAGUUGAGGUCGCGGCGCAGCUGGUUUGCCUUUAGGUUGUUGUUACUCUCGUCAGCCAGUCUGUUGAUUGUUUUCAUGCUCGACCCCUGGGACUGGACAUGGGACGAUGUAGAUACUUACCGAGUAGAACGAGAGCCACCAGAAUUUACUCAGCCAGGCGUGUCGGC